AUGGCACCAACAACCCAAGUGGACUCCGACAUCGAGUCCCAAUUGAAAUCCGCCAUCUACUUGAUGGUUUCCAAAAUGGUAGAACAAGACUUGACCAAUAUUGACAAAGAAAUUUCCGCAACACCAACUUUCGUAGCAUCGCUUGUGGAAUUGGUCUACAAUCAGCUUCUAAACCUUGGAGAGGACUUAGAGCUUUUCGCAAAUCAUGCCGGGAGAUCCACUAUCAAGCCGGCGGACUUAUACAUGGUUACUAGGAAGAAUGAUAUAUUGACAAAUGUCUUGCGGGAAUUCGAAGAGAACGAAAUGGAAAAAUAG